GAAGCAACCAGCGACAGUAAUCACAGACCAAGACACAUCCAUGAAAGAGGCUAUCCCUGAGGUCUUCAAGCUCUCCAAGCAUAGGAACUGUCUGUUCCAUGUGAAAAAAGGCUAAGGAGAAGUGCUGCAGGACUUUUGUGACGAAAGGUGAUCUCCAUGCUGACUUCACUGACAUUGUCCACAACUCCCUCACAACUGCAGAGUUUGAAAGGCUGUGGCGAUAGAUGGUGCAAAAGUAUGACAUUAAAAAUGUUAGCUAUUUCAAGAUUACGUGGAAACACAGGAGAAGGUGGGCACCGGUCUACUUCAAGACAGAUUUCCUUCCACUGAUACACUCGACAUCUAGGAGUGAAGGCAUGAAUGCCAUCUACAAGGACAAUGUAGCAUCAACUUACAAUGUGAUCAGCUUCAUGAAAGAAUAUGAAAAAAUAUCUGUACGCAUACAAGACAUGGAAAGGGAGCAAGACUCACUAACAAGGACAACUAAACCAACAUUCUGGGUGUGCAAUGAGCUUGAGAUUCAGGCAUCGCAAAAGUACAACCGACAAUUUUUUUACCGGUUUCAGAAGCAAAUGAAGUUUGCUGCAAAACUGCAUGUGCAUGUUGUUGAGAAUGGAUCAAGGUUCGAGGUUUAGAAGUCAAGCAUGCUUUCUGUAAAAGAUUUUAGGACGCACCGUUAUCUUGUACUAGAAAACCUGAGGCAAGAAGAUUUUGCUUGCAUCUGUGGCAAGUUUCAGAAAGAUGGCAUUUUAUGUGCACACAUUCUGCGAGUGCCUGUCCACCUGAACAAGUCUGUCCUGCCUGGCAAGUAUUAUAUAGAGAGGUGGAAACCAAAGGAUAGGAAGUAUGUAAGACACAAACAGUUCAAUAUUCCCAUGGAACUGAUCGAGGCAGGCUGGCAUUUGAGGUACGCACAACUCUCGAAUCUCCUCAAUGAGAUGGCUUCCGAUGGGGCAGGAAUGAAUGAGAAGUACUUGUUUGUUGUGAAGGAGAGUGAGAGGAUUUUUACUGGGCUUGAUGAGAUGAAUAAGGCAGAGGAGUUGAGAGAGCUUCAGGCAAGAGGGGUUGCCGUGGGAAAAGGUCCUCUAAGUCAAGUGCAAGUACCUCACCCCGAUGUCUAUGACACACUACAAGACCCGGACGUUGUCGUAUCUAAAGGUCGACCAAAAAGUCGUUACCUAACAACUAGGGAGAAGAUCCUUUCAAAGAAACAAAAUAAAUGCAGCCACUACAAUAGCCAUGACCAUAAUAUUGCUAGUUGUCACAACCUGCAUAUUGAUAAGUCCGAGUUUCAGAAGAAGAAACUAGCAACUAAAAAACCUACAAGUCCUUCUGGUUUGCCAGCUGGCAAAAAGAAUGGCGCUAAGCGUCAAUGGAAGAAAGCCCCUACCACAGAGGGUGAAGGGGUGCUGUAGUUCAGGAAGAAGAUUAUUGAAAAAAGUGAAUGGAAAAGAAAACAUGCAACACCUAGCAGAAAAAAACCUUUCAAGAAAAAGUUGUACCCGAUGCGAGAAAAGUACUUCAUUGUAAUAUAAAUUAUGUGUAGUAGAACAAAUUACUUUGAUUGGUUGGUACUGUUUGUACCUGGAUAUAAUACUUUGACAGUGUUGGUUCUUGUAUACUGCUUGAGCUUUUUCAUCAUUGCAUUUUGCAUUGCACUUUCUUCCCCCCUUUAGUCAUGUUUAAAAAAUCCCUGUGUAAGAAAAUAAGCAGAAGUGACAGAGCAAAAAAGAAAAAAAGGUUAGAAUUUGUUGAA